AUGUCGACCACUUGUGCGGGCGGCCAAAGCCUUCAGAGCAAGUAUGGCGGCCGGGCUCCUCCCCACGUCCACCUCCCUGACCGACAAUGGCCAUCCAAGAAGUUGACCAAGUCUCCCAUUUGGCUAUCCACCGAUCUGCGGGAUGGCAAUCAAGCUCUUCCCAACCCUAUGACAAUCCAGCAGAAAUGGCAGAUGUUCCGCCUGCUGGUAGCCAUCGGGUUCAAGGAGAUCGAGGUUUCCUUCCCCUGUGCCUCGGACACCGAGUUCAACUUCACGCGGGAGCUCGUGGAGACCCCCGGGGCGGUGCCGCCAGAUGUGAGUCUCGAAGUGAUGACUCCGUGCCGGAAGGAGACGCUCAAGCGCGCGGUCGAGAGCCUCAAGGGGGCCAAGAAGGCCAUUCUAUUCACCUACCUCGCGACCAGCGACAACUACUGCGAGACCAUCCUGCAGCAGCCGGCGGAGACGGAGUGGUUGGCGCGGGUGACGGAGUGUAUCGAGUACGCGCGGUCGAUCACGAAAGACGACCCGGAGGCGCAGGGCACGCAGUGGACGCUGGGAUUCGGUUUCGAGGACUUCGCGAAUGCGCGCCCCGAGGCGGCCCUCCGUCUGGCGGCGACGAUCCAGGCGGCGUGGAAACCCACCCGCCAGCAGCCCGUCAUCUUAGGGCUCGCCUCCAGCGUCGAGGCCACCACCGUCAACGUCUUCGCCGACCAGGUCGAAUACUUCUCGCGGCACCUCCGGGACCGCGACACAGUCUGCAUCUCGAUCCACACGCACAAUGACCGCGGGGGCGCCGUCGCCGCCGCCGAGCUCGCAUGUCUGGCGGGUGGGGAUCGUGUCGAAGGGUGUCUGUUUGGCAACGGCGAGCGCGCCGGCAACCUCGAUCUCGUGACGGCGGCCAUGAACUACUUCACGCAGGGCAUCGAGACGGGCCUGGACCUGUCGGACCUUCCGGCCAUCCGGCGCGUGUACGAGGAAGUCACGCAGCUGCCCGUCCACCCGCGCACCCCGUACUCCGGCGACUACUACUUCCGAGCCUUCUCCGGGGCCCAUCAGGAUGCCAUCCGCAAGGGAUUGAACAGGCGCGCCGCCAACCCGUCGCGAAGUGCGUGGCGGGUGCCGUACUUGCCCCUCGACCCGGCCGAUCUGGGCAUCCCCUUCGACAGCGUGAUCGGCGUGAACAGCCAGAGCGGCAAAGGGGGCGUGGCCUGGCUCAUCCAGCAGGGACUCGGCUUGAGCCUGCCCGGCGAGCUGGCAGCGCAUUUCAGUCGUAUCGUCAAGACACAGUCCGUCGCAUGGGAACGAGGUCUGGCUGCCGAGGAGGUCUGCGCGCUGUUUCUAGAAUCCUAC